ACAUCACAGUGUGAAUACACGUUCUCGACAGCGCCACCUCCUGGGCACACCUUCAACUGAAUGGCAUGCCAUCAGGGUAUUAAAUACCCAUGUCUUUUGUCCCACAGCUCAUCUAGCAUCAGGACCACGUCACGCAAGAAGCGGUCCAGAGAACCAACAGUGAAGAAGAAUGCUGAUGUAUCUACUUUGGGCGCUGUUCCUGCCCAGCGCUCUGGGGACUGGAGGGAGCGUGGACUUGACCAUGUCCUCAGGUGCUUCCGGCACCGCUGUCGUCAAGGCUGUCGUUGACAGGAUCAGGUCCAACUGCAUCCUCGGGGACGACCGUCUGUUCCUGCGACGUCUGGCCUACGUGGAGACAAAAGACGGAACAGAUGCCAAGACAUACAGAUCUGGGUAUGACGGGGGCAUCUGGCAGAUUGAUGAAAGCAAGUUCCUGGAGACGAAGACCUGUCCCUCGUCCAUAGUGGCUGAGUGUAACAAAGCUAAAUCAGCCUUCAAUAUCGACUGGCGCACCACAUCCUGGUCAGACCUGAGGAAGCCUCUGUACUCCGGGCUGGCAGCGGCUCUCUACAUAAAGAAGUAUCAAAGCGGCAGCCCUCCCGGUGACGUCACCAGUCAAGCCUCGUUCUGGGCCUCAAAGCUGAGACUGAGUGGCAGCCAUUCUGGAUUCGUUACUAAAGCCAGAGCAAUGAAAGGAAUUGAUUGCAAGACUCAGCUUGACCUUGCAUUCAUCCUGGACGGUUCUGGGAGCGUAUCCACAAGUGACUUUAAUCACAUGAUCAAGUUCGUGAAAAAUGUGACGAAAAAACUAGACAUAUCGAAAGAUGAGGUAAAAGUGUCUACUGUGGAAUAUGGAUCCUCAGUUGGGGAUGACAUUGAAUUCCGAGACUUUGCAUCCGAAAGCAGCCUGGUGUCUGCCAUAGGUAAAAUCAGAAAGAGUGGUGGUGGCACCAACACAGCUGCAGCCAUCCUCCACACUGUCAACGUCCUGUUCAGACCGGCAGCAGGUGCGCGGCCAAAUGCCAAGCGCGUAGCGAUCCUUAUGACUGACGGCCAUUCAAACGAUAAAAAGUUAACAAUCAACGCUGCUAAAAAGGCUAAAGGUGCAGGUAUUACCAUGAUAUCUGUCGGUAUAGGAAACGCUGAUGAGGCUGAGUUGAGGGGCGUGGCCACAGAUCCUUACUGUACCCACGUGAUCAUGCUCAACAGCUUCAGGGAGAUUGACAGUCUCCUGUACCAACUGAAGGAAAGUUCCUGUGGAGCCCUGACUGCAGUGGAGGUGAACACGACCAUCAACACAACACUACCUGUGAACCAGACUGUGGAGGACGCAUUUGAAUUUAAGGACGAUAACACCACAACACCCGACUCAGGCAAAGAAAAAGCAGUGGUUGGCGAGGUGGUGUGUGGCACUCUCAAAAUGUACGCUUCCUACACCAUUCGUCGUCCAGGCCCCGCCUACUAUGACGUCAAAGAGACUGCAAGUGAUAACAAACCUGGCGUCAUCUUCUUUAACAAGACGAUGAAGGGGAGACAACUGUACGUUACUGUCAUUGGAACUCGGCUGUCGGUAUUAGUUGCCCAGUUGGCUUCGUGUGUCAACGCCAGUUUCAGCGUGCGGAUUUCCCAGCAACCAACAAAGGCUGAGGUAAUCUGUAAGGAAGGCGAGAAGGAAAGGCCGUGCUCCAAGAAGGACUUGGAGGACAACGGAUACAACUGUGAUGAUACAUUCUACAAUGUUACCAACCCUUGUUCUCCUGGCAACGCCUGUGACCACGCCCACACCUCUGACUCCACCAAGUUCAUCCGGUGCGACCUCAAGGGCAACAUGUACGUCACCCAAUGUCCCGGCAAAGCCCACUACAACCCUGACACAAUCAGCUGUGGGUCGGAACCAGUCAAGGGAGGGAUCUCCUGCAAUGUCACCAAUCCAUGCACUCCUGCAAAUAUUGCCAAGCAUCGAUUCCACUUCCCCUACCCGCCAAACACGUCCAGGUACAUCCAGUGUGAUGCAUUUGGGAAACUGUGGAUGAGGGAUUGUCCCAGCGGCACAGUGUGGAAUGACGCCAGGAGAUCGUGUACUGGCCAAUCUGGCGUGAAACCAUCCGCCCUCGGAACCUCCACCCCCUCCAUCUCCCAAGUCACCCCUGUCUCUAUCGGCUGCAACGGCAACAACAACGGCGCACUGCUCCCCCACGCUGACCCAACUAAGUACAUCCUCUGCAACCACGGUACGGAGGUGGUGAUGUCCUGUCCUCCGUCACUCAAGUUUGACGUCAGCAUCAAGCGCUGCAACUAUGAAUAGCGGUCGCACUGUACCGGCACAUGUCACGUACUGAACGGAAUAAAAUGACAGUGGCAACCAGUGCAUUGUUGUGUAUGUCCCAUAGAGUUA